UUCCCUUAGAUGUAAACAGCCCGACUUUCAUACAGCAAAGCUGCACCCACAUGUAUUUCCUAGAUAGUGCCGUAUUACUUCUUGUAGAUCUUUGGGGAUUGUAGUCAUUCAACUUAAACAAGAACUACAACUUGCUUAGGAAAAGCGUGGCAUUUAUGCUAGCCCAUUUGCUUUUCGCCAGAACCUGCCCCCACAGCCUCGCCUUGUGGAACGUGUAGUUUAGUCAGGUGCGUCGUGCUCUGCAAAAACGUCACAGUUCUGUUACCUAAAUACCACAUUUCCCACAAAUCAGCGCAACUGGAGACGAAUAACAAGAAACUGUGUGUACAAGUCACACCGUGGGUGAGUCACGUGUGGGUUCCGUAGAUCUCGCCUUAACUGUCCUCACCGAGUCGUCUCCUUGUUCAUUUGUUUUCUUUUUUUUUCUAAAAUUUAUUUAUUUAUUUUUGUUUUACUCCAUCCCAAGAUAAGGUGUACACCGUACAGUUUUUAAAAGCAUGAGCGAUAACGAUGACAUCGAGGUCGAAAGCGACGCAGACAAGCGAGCACAUCAUAAUGCACUGGAGAGGAAACGCAGGGACCACAUAAAGGACAGCUUUCAUAGUUUGCGAGAUUCCGUUCCAUCACUCCAAGGAGAAAAGAACCUUCAACAGGCAUCGCGAGCUCAAAUCCUAGAUAAAGCUACAGAAUACAUUCAGUACAUGAGAAGGAAAAAUCACACGCAUCAACAGGAUAUAGAUGAUCUGAAACGACAGAAUGCUUUACUGGAACAACAAGUACGUGCACUGGAGAAAGCAAGGGCAAAUCCUCAGCUGCAGACCAACUAUUCUUCUGAUGGUAGCCUUUACAAUGCCAAAGGCAGUGCCAUUUCUGCAUUUGAUGGCGGCUCUGAUUCCAGUUCUGAAUCUGAACCAGAGGAACCUCAGACUAGAAAGAAACUACGGAUCGAGGCAAGCUAAGGCUGCCAAGGCAAUAAACUGUUGGGCUUUUAAUAGAAAUUCUUGUGUAUGACUUGUAUUUUUAACUUCAUUUAUUUCAGGCCCUUUUCACGUGUUUUACAGAUGAAAACAAAACAGUGGAGACUUUUUGAACACAUUUCCUCUCUUCCUGUGAUGACUCCACUGUGUUUAAAAUGAAUUCUGAAUCUGGCAGCUUUCCUAUUGAGGACAGAGCCAGCUGCCCUUGGACCACUACAGCUAUUAGGACAUUCUCUGUGACUCCCAUCGGUGGCUGGUUUUGACAGUGGUGAUGUAUGUGUUGCAGCUAUCUUUAAAAAGAAAAAAAAUCAAUGCAGAGCUAAUUUGAUGGUGUUUGUGAAUCUCUUAGGAUCUGAAUUUGUAUUUCAGCACUCACCCACUGCUGGGUAAAAAUGUUUGUCUUUGUAUUUAUGUUCAGUUCUGUUUUUUAAAAACAUUUUGCAUUACAACACUGGUGCUUCUAAAACACAUCUGGAGCUGUUUACUCAUCCAGAAUUAAAAAGAAUGACUCUGAAUUUGAUAUGGCAUAAUGACUUGAGUAGAGUAGUUGUGUUUAAUGUAUACCAUUUGUUUACACAAGGUAGCCCACUUAAAACGUAACCCCGUUUCUUCUGGGAUCCUAGUUCUACUUGAUUACACUGUUGGAGUGAACUGAAACAGUGGAAUGCCAAAUGAUCAGCACAAGCUCAGUGGAUACUUGGUAUAAGAGUCCUGGUUUUUGGUUGAUAGACCUCUGCUGUUAACCACUCGUAAGUCCCAUGUCUCUUUAGUGAUGGCAGUUAAGUGCAGGAGAAUUUCAUAAAAAGGUAUGUAGCAAAGAAAAAAAGAUCAUUCUUCUGCAGAGUCAGAGUUCGUAUUUUAGGACCCCUUUGUCUCCAGUUUGAAAACAGGGUUUGCAAGUCUGCAAAGCAUGCCUUGCCAGGUUGCAGUAAUAGUGGGCUUGCCUUGGAUGGUUUUAUUUAUAUUUAUGAUAGGUUAUCAUAUGAAAUGUGCAACUCCUCACUCCAGAUGAUUGUUGUGACUUAGUUGUUUUUCUACACCUAGAACUGAACAGAUGAAGGACCUGCAUUAAUACUUAAGAUUCACAAAGUAUCAGCUCAUUGAGAGUUUUGAUUACUUUCAAGUAUACAUAAUACAUUUUGUAUUUAAAUUCCUUAAAAGCACUGUAUCUGGUAAUAAAGAUACUCCAUAAUAAUCAGCAGUGAACUGCCCUGUCUCUCAGCAAUGCAUUUAAACUUUUUGUACACUUCUGUGAAAUAAAGGCUUUGCAGAGUUCCAUUAGCUGUAUGCUUCUGAAACUUUACAGGUAGAUAAGUGUUUUGUGUGUGUGCAGGGCGUGUGUGUAUGAGAAGUAUGUUUUGUCCUUUCUUUUCUCUAUCUUUGGUUUUAGCUUCAGUAGUGUGUACUGUGUAGACAGUUUGAUUCCAUUCCAUAGGAAAUUGCAAGUAUGUUGUACAUACUGCCAGUAAUGUCUUGCAAGUAGAGGAUUACCUUUACUAUGAGACUAUAAAUAAAAAUAUUUUAUCCUUG